AUGAAAUUAGAUUGUAAAAUUAAAAUUCAAGAUCGACAAAGAACAAAUGGAUCAUCAACAUUAAAAGCUGCUAAAGGUGUUAUUGGUCUUGCAAAAUCAAAUAAUGAUGAAUGGGUUCUUAUUGUUCGACUUUUCAAAGAUACGAAUGCUACACAAUAUAAGCUUCGUGACAAUGUUCAAGCUCUUCUUCACAAGUGUAUUAAUAAUGGUAUGGCUACAAUUCAAAUCAAAGUACCACCUCAUGAUAUACAAUUAUCUGAAGCUAAUGUUGAAUCACUAAAAACUUUACUUCCAAGUAUUCGUCUAGCAUCAACCGGUAAUAAUCUUCCAUCGUCA